AUGUACCAGCCAAAACCUUUCUCACUGACUACUCUUGAAUCAAAUUUAAAAAAGAGAAUUCGCGUGUCAAAAGAGGUUGCCACUUCACAAGUAUUGUCACGUGUUGAAAAAGAUCUAUGGAAUAAUCUUCAUACUCAUCAAAAGGAAGGUCUCGUUGAAAUGGUGGUCAGAGAAGGUCGUGUUUUGUUGAGUGACGAACAAGGUCUUGGGAAAACUUUACAAGCUCUUGCUUUAUGUUCCUACUAUAGGGCAAACUGGCCAGUUCUUAUUAUUUGUCCUAAAUCUGUGCUACACGUCUGGAAAAAUGAAAUCAUCAAAUGGUUAAAACUACCAGAGUCACAAAUAGAGACCAUUGAUAGUAAUAAGAUUGUGAAAAAAGAUCGUAUCAUGUUUGUCAUCUGUGGUUACGAAAGGUUUGUCAAAGAGUCUGAAAACGUGACAAAAAAUUAUCGAUUCGAUAUAGUGAUCGCAGAUGAAGCUCACAACAUCAAAAAUAAAAAAACUCAAAAAUCAUCUGCUCUAAUUCCUAUCAUUAAACGUGUGAAACGUGCAAUCUUGAUCACUGGGACUCCAAUUCCGAAUAGACCAAUCGAAAUAUAUUCACUGUUAAAUUCACUUGAUCCAAAAAACUUUUCAAAUGAAUUGUCAUUUGCAGUUAGGUAUUGUGGUGCAUACAAAGAUCAUCGUUUAAAUAGAUGGAACAAGCUUGGUGCCACUAAUCUGGAAGAACUUAAUACUGUCUUAAAAAAAACGGUUUUGAUCAGGCGACUAAAAGCUGAUGCUGGUUAUGAUCUGCCAGCAAAAGAACGUGAGAUGGUGUGGUGUGAUGAGAUCGAGCCAAAACUGAAAGACAAAAUAAAAAAAUUGUUAGAAAAGACUGACCAAUCGUAUAGCAAAAUUGCUAAUUCGUUAAAUUCAGAAAAAUCUGACCAAUUUGCAAAAAAAUAUCAAGAGGGCUUGUCCAGAAUAUAUUCUCUAACUGGCGAAGCAAAAUGUCCAUUCGUGAUUAAUUACAUCAAAGAUUUAUAUGAGAACACAAAUAAAAAAUUCAUUGUCUUUGCUCAUCACAAAUCGGUUCUUGAUAGAAUGGAAAGUUACAUGGAAACCAAUGGUCCACAAUCUUAUAUGCGCAUUGAUGGUGAAACAAAAUCAAAGGACAGAGAAAAAAAUUGCCACAAUUUUCAAACAAACGAUGAGACAAGAGUUGCUCUAUUAUCAAUUAUGGCUGCAAAUAAUGGUAUUACUCUGACUGCUGCUGACAUUGUGUUAUUCUCUGAAUUGACAUGGGACCCUAGUGCAUUGUUUCAAGGAGAAGAUCGUGCUCACAGAAUUGGCCGUACUGAUACAGUGGUUGUAAAAUACAUUAUUGCAAGGGGCACUAUUGACGAUUUAAUGUGGUCCGUUAUUACAAAAAAAAUUUAUACUACAGAAAGUAUUCUUGAUAAAGAUAAUAAUCAACUUUACAUAGAUGAAUUUAUAUCUGCUGAUGACGGCGAUAAACCAAUUUUAACAAAUCAACAUCAAAUACCCUCUUCCAUACCUAUUACUGCCACUAUCGAUCAAAAAGUUGAUAACGAUAAAAAUUCAACGAUAAUUCGAAACUCACCACCACAAAACCACCAUCAUGACAAAUCACAACAAUCAUUAUCUAAACCUGUUACCUCCAAUAGUCAGCAAGCCACUACAUACUCACCUAUUUUAGUGGGUCAUAAAGUAGACCAUAUUAAAGAACAUAUAGCACCCCCUCAAUCAUCACCAACAAUAUCGAAAUACUUUCGCAAUGAAUUCCAGAAAGCAACGCCCAUGGUACCAAAAAUGCUUAAUACAAAGAAUCGUAAUACCAUUGCUAUUAAGAGUCAAAAACAAAAGACCUUCCAAACAAGACUGGAUAAGAUAUACACACUACCACAUCCUCCAACUGUUAGUGCUAAUAGUAGUAACAAAGUGAACAGGGAAGGUGAAACAUCUAAAACGCACGUAAGGUCUAAAGAUAGUUGGAAUUACUUUAAUGAUGAUAAAGAUAAACAUGUCGGAUUUGUCAAGUAA